AUGCGGCUGUCUACCUCCGCCCUCGUCUUGGGCGCCGCCUCCUCCGCGUUCGGCCUCCAGGACCAAAAGGUUCUCAGCAACGACAAGUCGACCUUUGCCUCCGAUUUCAACAAGCUUGGCAACAUCGAUUUCGACGCCUGGACCAAGCCUUUGAGGGAGGCCUAUGGAAACGCCACCUCCGAAGCCAAGGCCAUCUGGGAUGAAGUUUCCAUGCUUGCCCCCGAUGCCGUCAAUGCCUUCAAGAAGCAUCUCAUGGAUGCCAAGCCCAAGAAGCACUCGCGUAAGCCCGACAGCAAGUGGGAUCAUGUCGUGCGCGGAGCCGAUGUCCAGAAUCUCUGGGUCAAGGACAACUCGGGCAAAUCUCGCCGCCAGAUUAGCGGUAAACUCGACAACUUUAACCUUCGGGUCAAGAACGUUGACCCCAGCAAGCUUGGAGUCGACAAGGUGAAGCAGUACAGCGGUUACCUUGACGAUAACGACAAGGACAAGCACUUGUUCUACUGGUUCUUUGAGUCACGAAACGAUCCCAAGAACGAUCCCGUAGUCCUCUGGCUCAACGGUGGCCCAGGCUGCUCAUCCCUCACAGGCCUGUUCAUGGAGCUCGGCCCCGCCUCCAUUGAUGAGAAGCUCAAGGUUGUUCACAACCCAUACUCGUGGAACGCCAAUGCGUCCGUCAUCUUCCUAGACCAACCCGUCAAUGUGGGAUACUCGUAUGGUAGCGGCUCCGUCAGCAACACCGUUGCUGCUGGCAAGGACAUCUAUGCUCUCCUUAGCCUCUUCUUCCACCAGUUCCCCGAGUAUGCCAAGCAGGAUUUCCAUAUUGCUGGUGAAUCCUACGGCGGACACUACAUCCCCGUCUUCGCCUCAGAGAUUCUGUCCCACAAGGACCGCAACAUCAACCUCAAGAGUGUCCUCAUUGGCAAUGGAUUGACCGACGGCUAUACUCAGUACGAGCACUACCGCCCUAUGGCUUGUGGUGAGGGUGGCUAUCCUGCCGUUCUCGAUAAGUCCGAGUGCCAGAGCCUUGAUAAUUCUCUGGGCCGCUGCCAGUCUCUGAUCCAGUCCUGCUACGACUCCGAGAGCGUCUGGAGCUGUGUUCCCGCCAGUAUCUACUGCAACAACGCCAUGAUUGGACCUUACCAGCGCACUGGUCGCAACCCAUACGAUAUUCGUGUUAAGUGCAAGGGCAGCAACCUUUGCUACGACGAGCUCGAGUAUAUUUCUCAGUGGUUGAACAAGCCUGACGUCAUGGAGGCUCUUGGCGCCGAGGUCGACAGCUACGACAGCUGCAACUUUGAUAUCAACCGCAAUUUCCUGCUGCAGGGUGACUGGAUGAAGCCCUACUUCAGGCUUGUUCCUGGCAUUCUGGAUACGAUCCCCGUCUUGAUCUAUGCUGGUGAUGCCGACUUUAUUUGCAACUGGCUUGGCAACCAGGCUUGGACCAACAAGCUUGAGUGGUCUGGUCACAAGGGUUUCAGUGAGGCCAAGAGCAAGGGUGUCUAUCUUGGCUCUGGCAAGGACUCCAAGGAGUACGGCAAGAUGAAGACGCAUGAUGCCUUGACAUUCCUGCAAAUUUACAAGGCCGGCCACAUGACCCCGUUCGACCAGCCUGAGGCGUCUCUCGACUUCCUUAACCGCUGGCUCUCGGGCAGCUUGACUAAAUAA